AUGGUCAGUUUUGGUCAUGUGUUUUUCGCAGCCGAAAACGACCACUGGUGCCAAGUUCUACCUGCGGAGAACUGUUCCAACUGGGUGGAGUUCCAAGACAAAUGUACCAACGUGAAAAAGUCCAUUCUCCUACCACCACCCGAGAACGAGAACAGCAAGUAUCCUCACUCCAACUGUAAGCAGUGGGAUCUACCACCUGGGUAUGAGUUUGAUCCCUACGAUCCACUCAGCCAAGGUGCAAACUUCACUAACGAUACGGUGCCCUGUCAAGAUGGUUGGGAAUACGACACCUCGCAGUACAAGACCACAAUUAUCUCUGAGUUUGACUUGGUGUGCGACAAGAGAAGUCUGCCAAGCCUUGCUCAGUCAAUUUACUUCGUGGGCUUUCUGGUCGGAUCCUUCUUGUGUGGCUCUCUCUCUGAUUGGAUAGGCCGCAAGAAAACAGCCUUUGUGGCACUCCUGUUCUUUUCUGUAGGCUCAAUCGUCACAACAUUCUCUGUGAAUAUCUACAUGUAUAUGGCCUUCCGUUUUAUGGCUGGCUUCGGCAACAUUGGUUCUUACAUCCCCCUAUUUGUUCAAGAGUCGGUAAACUGGCUAGUUUCGAAGGGCAGGAUCGAGGAAGCUAAUAAGGUGGUCAGACGAGUUGCCAUGAUCAACGGAAAGGCGCUACCAGAUGUCUUGUUCGACAAAGAGGACAUGGAAGAAACGGAAUCAAGUGUUCCGCCGUCUUUUAUUGACCUCUUCAAAACACCGAACAUGGCUGCCAAGACCAUCAACAUGAUGUUCAAUUGGAUGGUCACAACUCUAAUCUACUACGGCCUGUCUCUAAGUACUGGCGAUCUAGGUGUGGACGAAUACUGGGCAUUCUUCGUUUCCGGAGCUGUGGAGAUCCCUGCCAUACUCUACGCAACCUUUGCUAUUGAAUGGUUUGGUAGGAAAUUGAACGUUACUAUACUGGAGGUGAUCGGCGGGGUAGCCUGCUUGGCAAACAUCUUCAUUCCACUCGGGAUCUGGCGCACUGUGGUAUCUAUGGCAGGCAAAUUCUGCAUCACAGCUACAUUCUCAAUAAUAUACUUGUAUGUGACGGAAUUGUUCCCCACCCCGGUUAGGUAA